UCAUGAGAGUCUUCAGAGCUCAUCCUGACACCACACAAACACUUUGCCUGCACUAGUAAAUAUUAUCUACAUACUUGAGUUAUCAGUACGUACCGGUGCAUGCCAGGGAGCAGCAGAUGUAUGGAGGGAGGAGGAAGAAUGAAACAGUCAAUGGUCAACCGGAGAAGAGCCCCUGGUUUACGGAACUCAGUGGCGCGUGGAAAUGUCGAACGGAAGCAGCAUCGAAACCAGCUUUUGGGGAGCAAAAGCAAAUUGUGAACAUGAAGAACAGGAGGAUUUGGUAGUAGCGUUCAUGAUUGCGAUGAUUAGGGUGGUAAGGCACGGACUGCUAUUUAAUACCCGUUCCAUACUCCGGAGAAGACAAGAGAAGAGGCCACUGCUUUUAUCCAACCUUCUCUUUGUUCUCCAUUUCCAUCUGUUCCAGUCAUCUGAAAGGAAGUCGGAGAAAGAGGGUCGAAGUGAAGGAAGCAAACAAAGACGAGGGAGAGAAGACGAGAGGAACCUAAGGAGGGAUCAGGUGGUCAAGGAUGUUGUUGGAGAAGGAGGAUCUGGCGCUAAGCCUCAGCUUGAGCUCUUCCGCUAAUCGCUUUGAUCGUCUCGGCCUUGUGCCUUCUUCUUCUUCUUCCCCUUCGCGGUCGCUGCCGUCUUCUUGUCAGCAAUGGAGCCGUCUCCUCCUCGCCCGUUCAGAACGUGGCGGAGCAGGAGAGGCGCGACGUGGGUUGAGAACGAUCGACGUGAACCAGCCGCCACCUGCGGGGGCUGCAGCAGGGAGGCCGGACAGCGAGGAGGCGGAUGCGUCGUCUCCCAACAGCGGCGUCUCCAGUGUGGGCGGCAAGCGACCAGCGGAGCGCGAAGCAGAGCACGAUGCUGAGCCAUCCUGCUCCCGCGGGGCCAGCGACGAGGAGGAAGGCGACGGCGACGGCUCCCGCAAGAAGCUCCGCCUCUCCAAGGACCAGUCGGCCGUCCUCGAGGAAAGCUUCAAGGAGCACACCACCCUCAGCCCUAAGCAAAAGCUGGCGUUGGCCAAGCAGCUCAACCUGCGGCCAAGGCAGGUGGAAGUCUGGUUCCAAAACAGAAGGGCAAGGACAAAGCUGAAGCAGACGGAGGUGGACUGCGAGUUCCUCAAGAGGUGCUGCGAGAACCUCACGGAGGAGAACCGACGGCUGCAGAAGGAAGUCCAGGAGCUGAGAGCGCUGAAGCUGUCGCCCCAGCUCUACAUGCAGAUGACACCGCCCACCACGCUCACCAUGUGCCCUUCCUGCGAGCGCGUCUCCAAACCCUCCUUCUCCACUACCUCGACGACGAACCCACCACCGUCAGAGGCCGCUGCACCGCGGUCGCUUCGUCCCCCGUUUCUCGAUGCUCCUCCGCAGCGAUAGCUGUUGCCCUUUCGUGUGGUGGGGAUACUGUUUGGGUACUGUGAUGCGUCACCCACGUAAUGUAAACAGCACUACGAUUGCACAGGAAUGAGGUGGGUGGGGUUGACAAGGGCUCGAUGGGUGACUGCAAAAGGAGACUACCAGCGGCUACUUGUUUUGUGACAAACUCAGAUCAAACUUAGUUGAAUCAACAAAAUUACUCUUCUGCUUUGUUCUACCAACA